CGAACGACGCGCACGUAUGUGCGCUGCAGUCCACCACGCGUCGCUGGUGGCCGGAAAGUCGCUGGGGCGUGCGCUCCGAGAGAACGGAAGCGGUGACGACAUGAGGUCGAUCCUCGUGACCGGUUGCAAUCGCGGCCUGGGCCUGGGUCUGGUGAAGCGCCUAACCAAGCUGCCGACGCCGCCCGACAUCUUCGCGACUUGCCGCGAUGCGAACAAGGCGACGGAAUUGCGUGCCCUUGCCGAGAAAUCGUCAAAUGUGCACAUCAUCGAGAUAGAUUUAACCGACACUGAUAGCUACAAUCAAAUCGUAGACGUGGUCAGUAAAGAAGUAAAGGAUACCGGUCUCAAUGUUCUCUUCAACAACGCCGGUAUCUCCAGCAAAUUUACGCGUCUCGGCCUCGUGAAGAAGAAGCAGAUUACGGACGCUUUUCUCAUAAAUACCGUGGCGCCCAUUAUGCUGACAAAAGCUCUGCUGCCGCUAUUAAAGACGGCUGCGAAAAACACCGAGGAUAAAACAGGACUGAGCGUGAAGAGAGCGGCGGUCAUCAAUAUGACUUCCAUUCUGGGCAGCAUCGCCGAAAAUACCGAAGGCGGCUUUUAUCCCUACAGAUGCAGCAAAGCGGCACUUAAUGCGGCGACUAAAUCGAUGAGCAUCGACCUGAGGGCAGAUGGGAUUUUGGUAGCGUGUCUGCAUCCUGGAUGGGUACGCACCGACUUGGGUGGCAGUAACGCACCGAUGGAAGUCGACACCAGUGUUAGGCACAUUUUGGACACGUUAGACUCGUUGACGGAAGAACAUAACGGUCGCUUCUUGCAAUACGACGGUAAACUGCUGCCCUGGUAAUAUAACGAGCUUUAAAAUAUUCACUAAUUUUUUUAUACAUAAUAUUUGACAUUCUCAGGUAAUAUCUCCGUUUAAGAUUAGCAUAAAAUUGGGCAAUAUACAUAUUUAUAGAAGACUGAGUAUAUAUUAUAUACGCUUUCGUAAUAAGAUUUUAUAAAAAGAACUUUUUCUCAAAACGUUCUGAUAAAACUCGAUGUUUUCAACUCGAGCGUUUCAUCGAGCGAUUUGCAUGAUGAAAAUAUUUUUUGUAAACGAAAUAUUUGCGCGAAUCAAUCACACUGUUUUGUGUUCUAAAACUGUAUAAAAUACUUGGUCAAGAGUUAACGAUAAUGUAUCUUUGUAUAAAGAUUAUUAAUUAAAGAAUUAGGAGGUCAUUCAACUA